CAGAGAGUGGAGGGGACUCGGUCCGGCCAGAGAGGGACAGGGCUCCACACGAGAGAGGAGGUCCAAAAAUUAAAGUACAGACCGCAAUGGGGACGCGCUGAACCGCAGAGAGAGAGAGAGAGAGAGAGAGAGAGAGAGAGAGAGAGAGAGAGAGAGAGAGAGAGGAUUUUUUUCUUGGUUUGCCGUGUGAUGAACGCUAUGCGGGGUAAACACACGACAGUUUAGCUCGCAGCGGUGAUUUAACAUACAAACAAAAACAACGUUAACGGUCGGAGGUACCUGAAUACCUGCAGUGUUCCGCACUAACGUUAGCCGCGGCUCGGUGCGCUGACAUAGAGAGACUACAGGACUGAGCAGGAGAAAGUUUCUGUGGCGAGGCGCAGAUACAAGCGGUUAAACAAUGCGGCGGACCCCGACAAAGUCCCUUUCAUCGGCGACCCUGCUAAUACUGCUGGUCGCCCGCUGGUCCCACGGCAUUUCGCUGUCCCCGCAAGAGGCGAACCAGUUUCUGAGCAGACACAGGAGAGCGAAUCAAGUUUUCGAGGAGACGAAGCAAGGACACUUGGAGAGGGAGUGCGUGGAGGAGAGGUGCACCAAGGAAGAGGCCAGAGAAGUGUUUGAAAACGACCCGGAGACGGACUACUUCUACCCCAAGUAUUUAGCCUGUUUGGAUAAGUUUGGAGAUGCUGCGAAAAAGAAAGAGGAUCUGGUUACAUGUGUCCACAAUAUUCCGGACCAGUGCUCCCCAUCUCCCUGUAAUGCCAGAGGUACGGUGCGCUGUGAGGACAAAAAGGGCGACUUCCUCUGUCACUGUUUCACAGGCUGGGCUGGAGCCAGUUGUGAGAAAGAUGUCGACGAGUGCAGCAAGAGAAACGGAGGGUGUGACCACGAGUGCAACAACACUAUGGGCAGUUACCGCUGCUCGUGUCACCAAGGCUACAUGCUGGUAGGACGCCACAUGUGUAAUGAUGUGGAUGAGUGUGAGGAUCCAGGUAUCUGUGGAACAGCACAGUGUGAGAAUAAGGAGGGCAGCUACGAUUGCUUGUGUGAUGUCGGCUACGUCUAUGACAAUGAAACCAAGAGCUGUGUUGAUGUGGAUGAGUGUGAGACAGGUGUGUGUGCAGAGGAGUGUCUGAACACUCCAGGGAGUUUCCGUUGCUUCUGUGAUGGUCGUCAGGGCACAAAGCUGAGCCAGGACCUCAGGAGCUGUAAGCCUUUAACUCCCUGUAUGACGCCGUCUCUGAAGAGGAACUCUCGUUCCCUCUACCUGGGCCGUAUGUUCAGUGGUGUGCCGGUGGUGAGGCUUCGUUUCCGCAGGAGGAUUCAGACUGGCUUUUCAGCAGAGUUUGACUUCCGCACUUACGACCCUGAAGGGGUCAUCUUCUUUGCCGGAGGUCACCUAAACAGCUCGUGGAUUGUGCUGGCAAUGCACCAUGGGAAGCUGGAACUGCAGCUGAAGUACGGCACAGUCAGCAGGGUCACCAGCAGCGGACCCAUUGUCAAUGACGGCCAGUGGAGAAAGAUCUCUGUUGAGGAGCAGGGGCGGAGUCUAGUGAUUAAGAUCGACAGGGAGGCAGUCAUGAAGAUUGCAGUAAACGGUGACCUGUUCACGCUAAAGAAGGGCAUGCAUGAGCUCAACCUUACUGUGGGAGGAGUUCCUUUCAGAGAGGACGGCCUCGUCAAUCAGGUGAACCCCCGUCUUGAUGGCUGUAUGAGGGACUGGAGGUGGUUGACGGGUGAAGAUACAUCCAUACAAGAAACCAUUCGGUCCAACGACAACAUGCAGUGUUUCAGCGUUGAGGAUCCUGGAGCUUAUUACCCCGGCACAGGAUUCGCUCUCUUCAAUAUCAGCUAUGAAUCACAGAACCUGAGCGUCCAGCUGAACCUGCGUCCCACGUCUGCGAUUGGAGUGCUGUUUGCACUCGUUCACCAGGACAGAGUUCCGCUCUCCAUUGCUCUAGCCGACUAUCAUCCCGGCACUGAUGAAUGGCGAGAUUUUGUUCUGGUGUCUGUAGGAGAUGUCAUCAUCGCCAGUUCUCCGGCCCCAUUGUGUGACGGUGAGAGCCAUAAAAUCCAGGUGACAAUCUCAGGCAACCAAACCCUGCUGCUGGUCGACGGCCAGCCUGGACGAAGUGAAGAUGCAGAUGUUCCCACUGACCUCCUGUCACAGUCCAGCACCUUCAUAGGAGGCCUCCCUGAUGUCCCGCUGGUGCACACGCUGGUGUCGGCGCCCUACAGCGGCUGUAUGGAGGUCAGUGUCAAUGGACGGCCGGUGGACUUGGACGGGGCCAUCCACAAACACAACGACAUCCGCUCACACUCCUGCCCCCUGCUGGACUCUCUCCAGUGACCAGAGCUUCAGUCUGCCAGCACUGAUCCAUACGCAGUUCAUUCAGGCAAUGGGGAUGAUUUCCAAUAUAUUUAUAAAAGCUUUGACCAGUGGGGAGAUGUUUUAGAUUGGAAUGUAAACAAACAAAACAAUCCUGGGUAUCCUGGUGCAGCUUGGAGCCCUAGUCCAGGAUCACCCUGUCCUUUUAACUGUGAUGACACUGCUGCCUAGAGGCAUUUGCAGGGAAUUUCACAGUAUUCUCAGCAUAAUGACUCAGUAAGGUAGUCAGUCAAUGACAAUGAGCAACAUCUGUACUAGGCAGAAGAUAUGGGAAUAAAUGCUGCACAACAUUGCCUCAAAAACUGCCCAUGUGUCACAGCUUUGUAAGCCCAAAAGAACACACAGGGCCUUAUCUAGAUCAAUCUCAAACAGUUGGUCUGGGGUCAGCCUGCUGCGCCUGGCAUCCUGUGCUUUGUAGGCAGAGUGACUCUCAGCUGAUAGAGCUGUGGUCAUGUUGCUUACAUCCAGUUCACCUAUGGCCCACGUUCACAACGCUUGAACAAGUGCUAAUGUCUAACCCGAUGAAAUAAGAAAAAAAAAAGGGGGGACCAGAGAUAUAGUCCUACAUCACCACCCUGCUCAGAGAAAUGUAUGAAUAGGUGCUGAGAUCUUCAUGGGUGUUUGCUGCAUCAUGACUGAGGGGUUAAUUGGGGACUAAAUGAUUCUUAUUUGCCCCUGAUAAGCUGAAUCCCCUCCUUCCCUGAAGCAGGGAAGAGCGCUGUUAGGCACAACUUUGUGUUUUGUAGAAAACCUUGCACAUUGUUGCAGGUGGAAAUGGACUGCGUGUGAAGCCAUUUUCUUGAUUUCCUCUCAACUAAAGUAGCACUCCAUGUCUGCCUGCAACCUUAAAAAUCAACCAUGUGCCUCCAAAGAACAACCAACCCAAACUUCACAACAGCUUCCCUCCAAACAGGUGAAUCAUUUCUCAAAGGUGCAGUACUGUAACACACUAACAGAGCUAAUGCUUCUCCUAAUGAAAUGUUGUACUCAUUGCAGUUAAUACACUAUGCAUUUCCACCUGUGCAUUUCAGAGUAUUCUAGUCUUUCAGAAAACUGACAGACACCCUGACUCUCGAUAAUCUUCGUCACAAAGGCCCCUUCUUUCCCUCAGAGACACCCACUCACAGUUAAAACCUGCCAUUUACCAAUCUGAGGACAAUAGAUGAGUCACAGAAGCACAGAGAGACGGGAAGGGGCCCUCUCCACGAAGGAGAGUGAGCAAGCACUGCAUCGAACGCACCACACAAGCUACUGAGAGUAAAAAGAGUGCGCUGUAAUAUACUGAAUAUGUAAAUAACGUGACUGUACAAUGCUUUGUAGAAGACAGAAAACGAACACUACCUUAUGCUCACUGAGGUUUUCUGCACAUUUAAGUUGAUUCAAAGUCCAACAGUGAUCUGAGUCUCUCAACUUCAUCUGCUUCUAAAAAAAAAAAAAAGAACAGCUGAUACAGGAGUCUUUUCAUGAAAUGGGAGUUGGGAGACUGUGAGAGCAAUAGCCAGGGAUCAAAGUAUCCUAACUCUGUAGGGACUCAGUUUUUUGAUUUGAUUUUAUAGGUGCUGAGCAAAUGAAAACACAACGAAAACAAAGAAUGUCAGCGGAGCAUUGCGAUUGAGAAUGCCAAAGGGCUCCAGUGGUAUCUUACUUCCCUCUCUAAUGUAUCAUUUUCUAGUUUUCUGAUGAAUGAAUGCCAGAACAUAGAGCUUGACAAGUUAUUGUUUGUUAUUUUUACCAUGUGUUGUAUAUUGAACUUUUAGUUUUUAUUUUUCACUUUUACUGCCAGUAUGUGUACAAUGCUGAGAGAAGUCUGCCUUUUGAGUUUUAACUUCCCUCAACAGUGAAAAUACUAUUUAAAAAAAAAAAAAUUCAAAAAAUAAAAGCAGUUGUAUGAACAUCAUAGAGUAAAAUUGUAUUUUCAAAGAACACAUUUGUAUGCUGUGUGGUUAUGUGCAAGAUAAACUUUUCAUGUCCUG